UUAGUGGAGGAGAGUGGGGGAUGGAGAAGAUGAAAAGCAUACUUCUGUCUUCGUGAGAAUGGGCUUCAUGGGCCGUGGAGAUGGAGAAGUCUUGAAGGGGAUAAAAAUAGAAACGACGCCGUUCCGCGGGUUUUCCAAGUCGGUUGCAAAUAGAAUUUUUCGACCAUCCUCUUAAGCAAUCCCGGACUUUCUUCACUGCUAAGUCUCUGGCAGUUCUCUUCACUGCUUUGAGCAAACCACAUACAGCUUUGAGCAAAGAAUACAUCGAGUAUUAUCAUAAUUCUUCUCAACUUAAAAAAAAAAUAAAAAAAAUAAAAAUAAAACGUACUAGUUUUUGGGACUUCUCUUCACUGCUAAGUUUCUGAAAUACUCUUGAGCGAGUGUUAUUCAAAACCCAUUUACAAUGCAGAGAAUUAACAGAUUUUGCUCUCCCGUGGAUUCUUCUGCUUUCUUUUGGCUUCAGAUUUUCUGUUGCUCUCUCUGUUUUUCUCUCUUGUUACAUCCUUUCUUUUUGGAGUCUUGAAUUAUGGGCCAAAGCCAUUCCACGAGCCAACAACGACCCAGAGCGGAGUUGCUCUAUGAUCUGGUCAGCAUUGGAAACGUGGUAGCCAUCAAAGCUCUUUGGAGAGAAGGUACUAGCCUUGAGUGGAUUGACAGAGAAGGAAGGACCCCCCUCAUUUUGGCAUGCAUGAAUCCCGAACUGAUUCAUGUUGCCAAAACUCUUAUUGAAUUGGGUGCCCACGUCAAUGCUUAUCGUCCUGGGGCUCAUGCGGGUACUCCUUUACAUCAUGCAGUAAAAGAAGGCUUGGGACAGUCUGUUAAGUUACUUCUUUCCCAUGGAGCAAAUACCCUGGUGAGGAAUGAUGAUUUUCAAACUCCACUUGAUGUCGCCAGAGUAAAAGGGUGCGCUAAUGUUGUUCGUGCACUUGAGAAGCAUGUCUGCUAUUUCUCUGGCUGGUUCCGGGAGUUUUAUGGUCCAAGCUUUCUUGAAGCAUUAGCGCCUAAACUGUUAUCAGGAACAAUUUGGGUUGUUGUUAUACCUUUUGGUCCCAGUGAUUCUACAAGGCCUCUCAAAAUGGAGCUCAUAAUAUAUCGUACUUUGCAAGAUGUGCGGCCUCGCUCAGUUAUUGCUCUUUGGAAGGUCAAAAUUGAGAAACCUGAUUUUCAUCAAAAGGAGCCAGCACUAACUAUAGUUGACCAGUUUACCAAAACUCGGUAUAAGCUUACAUCCACCAUUGAGGGUGAUAAACAGCAACUUCAACGGUUACAUAAUGCGUGCUUAGGAAUUCCUCAGAUUUAGGAUCAUCAUUCAUCACAACUAUUGAUGACUGAAGAGUCGAAGGCUUCAUUGAGAAUCUAUUUGGAAUCUUGAAGAAUGAAGAUUUGUGAAAUUUUAUUCAAGAACAAUUGUUGCUUACUUGCUUAAGACAAUUUGGUUUUGUUUGUAAUGUGUAUUAAAUAUCUAGUGGAGUUUUUAUUUAUUUAUUUUUAGUUAUCUAGUAAUUAGUAUAUAAGAUAAUAAGACUAUGAAUGCCAGUCACAAUGGGUGGGGCCCUGCUGUAGGAACCGCAAAAAUAAAUGUAAGCAGCAAUGGGAGGAUGGAUGAGCCUUCAAAAGAAGAUUCCAAUGGAUGGGAUUUGCCUGAUUCUGGGACGGUUGGCAAUACAACUCAACAUGGGCAAACCAGUGGUAAUAUUUCUCCUGUUGCUCCCACAAACAGUGGCGUUUCUACAUCCGCUUCUUCAGCUUCAGUUCCAUCUGCUGCUCCUAUUCCUGAGGAGUGUUUGGACGAAGGGCCAAUUCACCAUCCAUCCAUUGAUUUCAGCCCAGUGGACUGGUCCGUUCCAGCCACAGAGGAUGGGGCUUCUGUAACAAAUGAUGUGAAAGAUGAAGCCAGUUUUUCCUCGUGUAUCAUAUGUUGAGAAGCUCCAAUAGAGGGAGCAUGCAUUCCCUGUGGUCAUAUGGCUGGUUGCAUGUCCUGUUUGGUUGAGAUCAAGGCCAAGAAAGGUGUUUGCCCUGUUUGCCGAUCCAAGAUAAAGCAAGUUGUGAGGCUUUACGCUGUCUGAUAAGUGAACAUAUUACUAUGGAGCUGGGAAUCUGGGAUUGUUUUAAGAUUUUGACAUUAAUAUAUUUUUUAUCCAUGAGCUUGUGACAUUCAUUUAAUGGAUGGGGUUUUGAACAUAAAUGCACAUAUUGCAACCCUGUCAUUUUUGUGA